AUGGGAACUUCGAGUGCAAAUGACAUGGACGUGGUCGUGGACGUGGACGUGGACGUGGACAUGGACAUGGACAUGGACGUGGACAUGGACGUGGACGUGGACAUGGACGUGGACGUGGACAUGGACGUGGACAUGGACGUGGACGUGGACAGGGACGUGGACGUGGACGUGGACGUGGACAGGGACGUGGACGUGGACGUGGACGUGGACGUGCACGUGGUCGUGGACGUGGACGUGGACGUAGACGUGGACGUGGACCUGGACGGGGACGUGGACGUGGACCUGGACGUGGACGUGGACACGGACAUGGACGUGGACGUGGACGCGGACAUGGACGGGGACGUGGACGCGGACGUGGACGUGGACGUGGACGUGGACGUGGACGUGGACCUGGACGCGGACAUGGACGUGGACAUGGACGUAGACGCGGACGUGGAGGACUUGGACGUGGACAUGGACGUGGACAUAGACGUGGACGUGGACGUGGACGUGGACAUGGACGUGGACGUGGACGUGGACGUGGACGUAGACGUGGACGUAGACGUGGACGUGGACGUAGACGUGGACGUGGACGUGGACGUGGACGUCGACGUGGACGUGGACGUGGACGUGGACGUAGACGUGGACGUGGACGUGGACGUGGACGUGGUCGUGGACGUGGACGUGGACGUGGACGUGGACGUGGACGUGGACGUGGAGGUGGACGUGGACGUGGGACGUGGAGGUGGACGUGGACGUGGUCGUGGACGUGACGUGGACGUGGACGUGGACGCGGACGUGGACGUGGACGUGGACGCGGACGCGGACGUGGACGUGGACGCGGACGCUGACGUGGACGUGGACGUGGACGUGGACGUGGACGUGGACGACGUGGACGUGGACGUGGACGUGGACGUGGACGUGGAUGUGGACGUGGACGCACGUGGACAUGGACGUGGACGUGGACGUGACGUGGACGUGGACGUGGACGUGGACGUGGACAUGGACAUGGACGUGGACGUGGACGUGGACAUGGAGGUGGACGUGGACGUGGACGUGGACAUGGACGUGGACAUGGACGUGGACGUGGACGUGGACAUGGACGUGGACAUGGACAUGGACGUGGACGUGGACGUGGACGACUUGGACCUGGACAUGGACGUGGACGUGGACGUGGACAUGGACGUGGACGUGGACGUGGACGUGGAAGUGGACGUGGACGUGGACAUGGACGUGGAGGUCGACGUGGACGUGGACGUGGACAUGGACCUGGACAUGGACGUGGACGUGGACGUGGACGUGGACAUGGACGUGGACGUGCACAUGGUCGUGGACGUGGACGUGGACGUGGACGUGGACAUGGUCGUGGACGUGGACGUGGACGUGGACAUGGACGUGGACGUGCACAUGGUUGUGGACGUGGACGUGGACGUGGACAUGGACGUGGACGUGGACAUGGACGUGGACAUGGACGUGGACAUGGACGUGGACGUGGACAUGGACGUGGACGUGGACAUGGACGUGGACAUGGACGUGGACAUGGACGUGGACAUGGACGUGGACGUGGACGUGGGCGUGGACGUGGACGUGGACGUGGACGUGGAGAUGGACGUGGACGUGGACGUGGAGGACUUGGACGUGGAGAUGGACGUUUGA